AGUAAAACAAUGUAGAGUAUUAGAACGUUCAGUAUAAAAGCUUAGAUUCGGUAUAGGCCACAUUUUAUUAUGGUGUUCUGGCGUAUACAAUGAUUACGCAUCAUUUUUACUAUAAAGCUUUACCGGUGUUCUGUAUAGUUCUAUAUCCAGUUUCUACCAUGUUUCUGCUAGCCCUCAAUUAGAUUCUUAGUUUAAAAUCAGCCUUCUCUACCACCGACCUCUUGACGACAAUGUGCCCACUGCGCUAUAUUCUUCUGCUUCUCUCGUUGUUGGUAGCGAUGAUUGGACUAUCUCAGGCUUUGACAGACCAAGAAGUUUCGGCGCAUACGGAGGAUGGCGAAGAUAAAAAGACUGGAAAAGGCAAGAAACAACAGUCGACAGUCCGCACACUUAUGGACAUGCUUAACGGGAAAUACCUUUACGAUGCCUAUCAGAUCAGUCGUGGCACAGCAGUCAUAAAAGAUCAUUAAACAAGCUGUAGUUGGCGGGUGAACGACGCUUAACGUGACGUCUUGAUGAAAAAUUCCUCGGCACAAGAAACCGAGUUGCUUAAAAUGUAUGAUGAGUGGGUUGCGUUGCUAUAACUGUAAGACUAUAGACUGAUUGUUGAUGGCAACACGUAAACAUGAAAUCGUUGUAUAUGUUCAUCAUUGCUUGGUAACAAUUUGACAUUAAAUAUAUGGCGGGCUCCCCGAUUCCUACAUCUCCUCGCUGUC